ACAUCCAACAACACAACAAGAACAGCAUCUCGAGCUCAUCAUCCAACCUUAUCAACAUCCUCAUUCCAUCCGAUCCAAUCUAAUAAAACCUCCUCACUCAACCAACCACUCCUCAUUCAAAAAACCACUCCAAAGCCAAAAUGCAGUUCACCUCCGCCCUCCUCUUCUUCGCCUCGACCUUCGCCGUCGCCUCGGCCGGUACCCCCGCCUCGGUCCGCUACGAUACCACCUAUGACACGUCCUCGCAGUCGACUCUCACGCUGGCCUGCUCCGACGGCGCCAACGGGCUGUACACUAAGGGCUACGAGACUCUCGGCGAGCUGCCCAGUUUCCCGAACGUCGGCGCGGCGGCGGUGAUCACCGGCUGGAACUCGGCGCAGUGCGGAACGUGCUUCAAGCUGUACUACCAGGGCAAGACCGUCUACAUCACCGGCGUCGACGUGGCCAGCGGUGGCACCGGGUUCGUCCUCAGCAGGGCCGCCAUGAACACUCUGACCGGCGGCCUGGCUACCCAGGUGGGAACCGUCACUGCGGAUUAUGCGCAGGUUGCGUCCUCUUUCUGCGGCUUGUAAUCGGUCGUCGGUGGGACUGUGUAUAUUUUUCGGCGGGAGCGGAAGGCGCGGAGGCGGGGUAGAAGGGCUUGUAUACAGACGGAAGAAGGCGGGGUCAUGGCAGGGGGAUGAGCAUAUGGGAUUUAAUUCUGUAAUUAUGAUUGAACAUAAAUUAAUGUACGACAUUGCAAUUGUAUUCGGUUUGUUUGUUUACUCAUUGAUUGUAUGCGACGCAUCUACAUAUGAAAUCGUGUUCGGUUUU